GCGUAGUCCUCGGCAGCUCGCAGCUCAGCUAAUGCUCUCUCACAAUCCCCCGGACUGCCGCGCGUGCACAUAGCCAAGAGCGAGUGAGCGAACGAGCGAGAGAGACGAGACACGACGAUCGGCACUUGCACGUGGAGGCUCGACGCGCUCGCUCGUAUACACGCGCAGUAUAUUCUCUCUGUGCUGCUGCGACACACACGCGCGUCUUCUUUUUUUUAUACUGUAUAACUAUUGUUGAUACGUAGAAAUCGCCUGGUGCCUUUUGUUGGAAGACGACGACGCCGACACGACAGUGAUAUAACAGUGCGGGAAUACGAGAAUACGAGAGAAGCGUCGCUCUGCAACGCACGACAUCAGUUUGUGAUAUUGCCGUGUUCUCGAGGGAGAGAGGGAGAGUUUUUCGAGAAGCAGCAGAAGAAGAAGAAGCCGCAGCCGUCGUUUGUUGGCCUGGAGAAACAGCUGCUUCCGUUCUCGUUGAGGCCUGAAUGCCGCAGCUUUCCUAACGGCCAAGCAAACGACACCGUCUAGAGUUCGGCGCUUCGCUCCGUUCUCGCGUGAAGAGUCGGCCAUCACAAGCUCAAGCUUGCUACGGCUCGGUGCAGUGCAAGCCUCUGCUGCUGAGCUGGAGGCUAAUCGUGCUUACGGUCGAGGCGGUGCCGAGAUAGGCAGCGAACUCUUGAGGAUGUUGAUGCCAGCUGCAGCAGCGGCGGGUCUGAGCGCCGUAGGGGCGCCUGGACCCGAGGAUCUGGUCAGCGGCCUUGGCGCCUUGGCCGGUACCACGCCACAACAGAAGGACACCACCUGGACCAAACUGUUCGUCGGUGGUCUUCCCUAUCACACGACCGACAAGAGUCUCAGGGAACACUUCAACGUUUACGGAGACAUCGAGGAGGCGGUGGUCAUCACCGACAGACAAACCGGCAAGAGCAGGGGCUAUGGAUUUGUGAUCAUGGGAGACAGGCCGGCGGCGGAGCGGGCCUGCAAGGAUCCCAACCCCAUAAUCGACGGCCGUAAAGCCAACGUCAAUCUGGCGAUAAUCGGCGCCAAACCCAGAGGCAAUCUACAAGCGGCAUUUCCAUUCGCCGCUGGCAUUCGCGCCGGAUAUCCUGCAGUUCUGCCUGGACAGUAUGGAGUACCACCAGGCUACAUGUACCAGUCGCCCUACCUGGCAGCAGCGGCACCCGGAGGCCUGGUCCCACUGCCGGCGACCCAGCUGAGCCACGCGGCAGCGGUAGCCGCGGCCUCGCAGUUCUACGAGUACCAGAACGCCGCAGCAGCGGCGGCGACCUACCCGGCAACGUCCUACAACUUUGCGGACGCCUACCCCUACACCAGCGCAGCAGCAGCCGGUAUGUCGCUCAAAGUGGCGGCCAAAGCGCCCGAGCCGGCCCAGCUCGUUAAUCCUGGCGGUCACUUGAGACUCGCUCAACAGCAAGCUCAGCAACAGCAGCAGCAACAGCUAGCUCACCAGCAGCAGCAGCAGCAACACCACCACCACCACCACCACCACCAUCAGCAGCAUCAGCAGCAACAGAGCAACGGAAGCCCGACUGGGCUGCUGAUGCACCAUCACCUGGAGAAGGCGCUACUGCCACAGUUUCUGCCCUCUAUGCUGCGCGGCAACGCAAACGCAGCAGCAGCAGCGAGCUAUGUAACGCCGUACACGUACGCCACGUUGCCAGGAGCCGCAGGUCUGCCCUCUGCAGCGACGGCUGGUGCUGCCUUCCCCGGGCUUCCCUACCAGACGACGCCCCAGGAGGCAAGGCUCCAGUAAUGUCGCCAUCCCGGCGACUCGCACGUCAAGGAAGAAUCGCCGCACGAAACGGACCGACGAAUUUUCGCCUACUCAGCGCAUCGAAGAUCUUUCAAGCUACCUGACGAAAAAGAAGCUCUGCGCUGGGAAAUGACAUUAGAAACGUUUAAUACCGAAUUUGGAAUUUCAACUUCGAAAAGAAUCGUCUCGCAGUGCGAGCUUCGACGAAGCAAAACUAUUGUCGUCCGCGUUCGAUGCUUAUGCCGUCGUUUCUUCUAAAGAUCGGCAGAUUAAUUGUGAAAAGGGAGCGCAAAAUAUGUAAAAAAAAAGAUACGUCGAGAUGCAAAUGAGAAAAAAACGUUCGCUCGCGCACGAUUCGGUGUCGAUUCUCGUACGCGCAACUCGCGCUCUCGAUCCGAUCUCUUUCUUCCUCAUCUUUGAUUUGUUUUCUUCCUUCCAGUCUGUAAGAUCCUGAUAUGAGAACCGAGUCGCCGCAGUCGAGCGAACGCCUCCCAAAGACACCUAGACACUACUUAGUAUAUUAGGCGCUUAAUCUAUUUAUAUACGACGAUACGAGGAAAGGUGUUAGAAAUAAAGACAGACAUGAACAUGGAUAAAGCGCGUACAACUCAAAACUGAGGGAAACCGGCGCGAACAGCAAACGCGAACGGAAAGAGAGAAGAGCGUUGUGCGAAUGUGCGAAUGACUGGGAACGAGGAUAAAAGAAGAAUAACGUAGUUUUUAACUCUUGAAAUAUAUUCGAAUAAUAGCUGCAGUCUAGACUUUUUAUUAUUAUUACUCUAUCUUCCGAAUCUCGAGGCUCGCGAGAGAGACAAUCGUCUGACAAAUCUUAUAUUCUCUCCUUAUCGCUCGUUGAACAGUAACUUUUCUCUCUAUUUGAAGAUUAACGACGAAUACGUAUAAAGUUGGAUCAUUUAAAUGUUGUUGCCGAUAGCGAAUUUGAAAUCGCUUGCCUUGGCUUUUUAAUACUGUUGAAAGUCAGCCAUUAUUUUUCAUAAAUUAUACACCACUGUAGACAAAAUUGUUAAAAUAUAUAUUGAAAAGAAAAACAUUUAUUACUAAUCAGAUACUAUCGGCAAAAUAUUUCAACCAAUAUCCUUCGUUAAUUCAAUUCUAAAUACCAAUGGUGCGCCCCAUUCAUCACGGCAAGGGGCGAUUGAAGUUACCUGAUGCUUGAAAAAAAAAGUAAUGAAGCAACGAUGUGUUUGUUUAAUUUAUCGCUAGGCCAGAGACGCGAUAGUCGAUUAAUUGUUGCCUUAUACCGAAGAAAAGAACUGAGCCUCUGUAUCCUACUUGAUGUAGUAUACAAGACCAAUCGCGGCUCCUUGCCAAGGUAUAUACGUCAAAGAAUAGGAAACAUGUAGUAAAGUGUAUACAGAGACGGAAACUAAAAUCACUGCGUGCCUGGUAAAUAUCGUGGGUUGUAGUAAACUAGUCAGUAAUGUUGAAAAAAUUUCCAUUGAAAAUAUUGAAGCAAGAAAGUUGUUCGAUCAGAGCCUAGGAAAAAAAAUAAGGGAGAAAGAGAGAGAGAUUCGACGAUGUUGAUGAUUGAUUGAAAGAAAAUAUAAAUAUGAGGCUGUCUAGUCUUACACUUAGAGGCCUUGGUGAUGUUGCUACGUUUUGGUGAGAGUUCGAUGUUGAAGUCUUAUUACUUAUAAUCAAGCGAAGCAGAAUCGUGGAGCUCGAUAACCUGUAGCAAAAUGAAAUUUUAAGUAAUCUAGUUAAGAGAUACGAGAAAAAAGUAAAAGAACUAAGUAAAUCGCGUAGAGCAUAUUAUUACUUGUAUCGCCUCGUAUUCGUAGAUCGGUUCGUUUCGCUCGCGUUUAGCAGACGCGAAAGAACGCGUAGAGAAAAAAUUUUUAGCUGUUAAGUAUUACAUUAUACACUAGUGGCGAGCGCGAUAUCGAGCGAAUUAGAAAUACUUAGGAAUUUAAAAUUAAUAUUUCCUAUAUAUUAAUUUUUAUUAUUAUUAUUAUUAUUAUUGCUAUUUUAUAAUUCUAUUAUAUUAUUGCUAUUAUUAUUCUCAUCUUUACUAUUUUAUUAUUAUUGAUUAUUUUAUUUCUAUUAUAUUAUUUCUAUUGACUAAUGAUAAUUACUCUUGUACUUAAUAACGAAUAUAACAGUAAAAAAGGAAAGAUUAAGCAACAGAAGGAAAGAGUUCUAGAGCGGAGAAAUCAGGGCAAACCGCUGCUAGGCGUCUUUUUCAGACGUCCUAUAAUCUAUUAGGAUAAAAUAAUUAUAAUAUAUAUAUAUAUAUUGCCUGUUAUCUACAAUACCUAUUCACAUUACGCAACGAAGCAUUAGAUUAAAGAGGAGAAAAUACGAAAUAUAUUGUCUCUGAGAGAAAAAA